UAUUGGGCCUUGGCCCAGUAAGAAAGAGAAAGGACGCUGUUUGUGCUUCGGGGGUUUCUUGAAUGAACAAAACAUCAUUCGAUAAACAAAUUGUUAGGGUUUUGAUUGAUAGUAUCAUCAUCGUUUCGUGAUCGUAAUCGUAGGAGAAGGAAAAAGGAAUGGAAGGCAUAACAGAGGGACUUAACAACAUCAACAUUAAUAACAACUCCGAUUCGUAUAAGAAGAAUCGCAUUCAAGUCUCUAACACCAAGAAACCUCUUUUCUUCUAUGUUAAUCUCGCUAAGAGAUACAUGCAACAGCAUAAUGAGGUGGAACUCUCAGCACUAGGAAUGGCGAUUGCCACAGUGGUAACUGUUGCUGAAAUUUUGAAAAAUAACGGGCUUGCUGUUGAAAAGAAAAUCAUGACAUCAACUGUCGACAUAAAGGAUGAUUCUAGAGGUAGACCUGUCCAAAAGGCCAAGAUUGAAAUAGUACUUGGGAAGACAGCAAAUUUUGAUGAGCUGAUGGCAGCUGCGGCGGCUGAAGAUGCUGAAAAUGGUGAUAUUGAAGAGCAGACUGCAUGAAAUUCAAGUCAUAACUACAUCUGAAUCGUUCGAAGAUAUGUAAUCUUUAAUGAUUUGCAUUUUUGUUGUUGCAAUGUAGAAGAUAUGUCAUUAUAGACAGACCUACAAUAUUGAACUACAAAAUUUAUUUUGCUUUCAGUAUAAAAUAGGCUGUUAAUGUUUUCAUUCUUUCUGGAUUUAAUUUAUUGUUUUCUUCAUUGAAAGGAAGAAAGUUAUGAAAUUCUAACGUUGCGAAUAUUUUUUUUA